AGAUUUCCGGUCUUUGUGGCUCCCCGCUCUGGGUCGAAGCUUGUGCCCUGGCGGCUCCUGGGCUUCGCGAAUAACCUUAAGCUUUUUGACAGCUGAGCCUGAUCUUUUUUGCAUCUUUUGUGCCUAUAUCUGUCAUGUUUUUGAACUCAUGGAAAGAAGAGAUUACCCCCCAAAUCUCUCACACACAGAACCUGGUUGUACUGAGGUUCUUGCUAAGCUGUUUCAUUCCAGAAUGGCUGUGGAUUCCAGAGCAGUUUCAACUCAGAUACCUCAGGAUCAUCAGGAACAAGAAUUAAUACUAGUGAAAAUAGAAGAUAACUUUUCUUGGGGUCAGAAAUUUAAACAGAAUGGGAGUAUCCAAUCCUGCCAAGAAUUGUUUCGACAACAGUUCAGAAAGUUUUGUUACCAUGAGACACCUGGGCCCCGGGAAGCUCUGGGCCGACUCCAGGAGCUUUGCUAUCAGUGGCUAAUGCCAGAAUUGCACACAAAAGAGCAGAUCUUAGAACUUCUGGUGCUGGAGCAGUUUCUGAGCAUCCUACCUGAGGAGCUGCAAAUCUGGGUUCAGCAACAUAGUCCAAGAACUGGGGAGGAAGCUGUGACCCUGUUGGAAGAUUUGGAAAGAGAAUUUGAUGAUCCAGUGCAGCAGGUCCCAGCUAAUCCACAGGGACCAACAGUGCCAUGGAAGGAUUUGACAUGUCUAGCAGCAUCCCAAGAGUCAACAAACAUUCAGCUCCAACCUUUAAAGACACAACUGAAAUCUUGGAAACCCUGCCUUUCCCCUAAACGUGAUUGUGAGAACAAAGAAACAACAACACAGGACAUUUCAGGAGAAAAUUCACAGGGACUCUCUCAGGAACCUUCAUUUGGAGUGGUUAGUGAGCGUGAAAGCAAUUUAGACUGGCAACAAGGAAGUGCUAUGGGGCAGAAAUUAAGAAGAUCCUCUCCACACGGGAGUAGUUUUAGGCAGGUGAUUUUCACACACAAAUCUUUAGGAAAGAGAGACCAUCAUGAUGAGCCUCAAAGAUGCUUGAUUCUAAGUACAAACUCUAUAACAAGUCAGAAAGUUCCUUCAGAAGAGAGACCUUAUAGAUGUGAUGUGUGUGGGCACAGUUUUAAGCAGCAUUCAUCUCUAACACAACAUCAGAGAAUCCAUACUGGAGAAAAGCCCUAUAAAUGUAACCAGUGUGGGAAGGCCUUUAGUUUAAGGUCAUAUCUGAUUAUUCAUCAAAGAAUUCAUAGUGGUGAGAAAGCAUAUGAAUGUAGUGAAUGUGGAAAAGCCUUCAAUCAAAGCUCAGCCCUCAUUAGACACCGGAAAAUUCACACUGGUGAGAAAGCUUGUAAAUGUAAUGAGUGUGGUAAAGCCUUCAGUCAAAGUUCAUAUCUUAUUAUACAUCAAAGAAUUCACACUGGUGAGAAGCCGUAUGAGUGUAAUGAGUGUGGGAAAACCUUUAGCCAGAGCUCCAAGCUUAUUAGACAUCAGCGAAUUCAUACAGGAGAGAGACCCUAUGAGUGUAAUGAAUGUGGGAAAGCUUUCAGGCAGAGCUCAGAACUGAUUACCCACCAGAGAAUACAUAGUGGGGAGAAACCCUAUGAAUGUAAUGAAUGUGGAAAAGCCUUCAGUCUGAGCUCAAACCUCAUCAGACAUCAGCGAAUUCACAGUGGAGAGGAACCUUAUCAGUGUAAUGAAUGUGGCAAAACCUUCAAAAGGAGCUCAGCCCUUGUUCAGCAUCAGAAAAUCCAUUCUGGGGAUGAAGCUUAUAUAUGUAAUGAAUGUGGGAAGGCUUUCAGGCACAGAUCAGUCCUUAUUCGCCAUCAGAGAGUCCACACUGUAAAGUAACUUGUGAAUACAAUGAAUAUUAUAAAUGCUUCAGUAAGAUUUUUUAUCUUUGUUAGAAGUAUUUUUUCUUGGAGCAAAACUCCAUAAAGGUUAACUACUAGGUCUUGAGUCAUUCUAAGGCUUUAUGCAACACUACACAGUGCUAGUGCAAAUUGUUCCUUAAAAGCUUUUUCCUGUGACUAAUGAAAGCAGAGGAUGGAAGAAUUAUUACUUCCAGCUUUUUGCUUACUGUUAAAAAUACUCAGGAAAUAUGAAAAGCAGGAAUGUGACAUUGAAACCUCAUUUUCUAUGAGAAUGUCUUGAAAGGGGUUAGGGACCCAGGCUCAGUCACUGCAUCUGAUUGUCACUGUGCCCCUACUUUGGGAGAGAGUGGACAGUAUAAGGGACUGUUUGUCUCAGGAAAUCAAAAUUUUUUAUUAAAUCAGAACUGACAGCAGAAAAAAAAAAGUAGGGAAAGUUUUAUCAGUGUUGAGUCCAGGGCAGGUCAGAAAUUAGAUAUGCAUGAGAAGAAAUAAUACAAAUUAAUCUAUCCAACAAUUUAUUUUGUUUUUGCGAAUUUUCUUUGCACUUGAGACUUGAGAUGCAAUGGAAGAUCAGGCAUAAUCUCUUGUCAUGUAAUAGGCAAGGCAGUCAAUCAUGUAGUAGCACCAUGGUGUGGUCAGUGCUAUGUGGCUCAAGGAGCUCUCAACUUUGAGUAAGGGAAUAGGGGAAAUGACAUGAAAGAUGAAAGGACUUAGCCAGGGGGGAGUGUUCAUAGUAAAAGGAGCAACAGAUAAAGGCCAAUGAAGCAUUUUCUGUUGAGCUCUUUUGAAGUGGAGUCAUAUCCAUAAGAAGUGUGGGUAGAACCAGUCUCUGAAGCACAGUGCCUAAUGCAAUAUAUGAGCCAAUCGAGAAAUUUCUGUUUAAAAAGGAAAAAUCCUAGAAUACUUGGACAACAGAAGAGUGAGUAGCUUUGUCUUGGUUGAUAUGACCCAAGAGAAAGGGCUAAUAUGUGGUUUCCUUGCCCAACCUACAGGCUAGGGUAGAAUUUCUAUGGAGGAAGUGGAGGUUAAGAAAGAGCCUUGGUAAAUGUUAAGAUUCUGACUCCUUCUCCUAGGUAUGAGGACACCUUUGUUACAGUAUUGGAAUUGUUGUCAGGUUAAUCCCCAAGUCCCUGAGUUGGAAUCUGCCAAAUCCUUCAUUUUCAAAGCUUUGUCCUUAUAGUUCUAGUAUAUUUCCUUGGACUCGGGUGCUCAAAAAAUAUGUCAGUUGCUGGGUCUGUGACUUACUAUCCAGACACCUCAUGUGUGAUAUUUCAUAGCUUUUGCAAAGGGAAAUGACAACAAGUAACAACUGUGAUCAGUUAAGACUUCCCCUCUUCUGAGGAACCUAGCACAAAGAAGCUGGUAUUUACUAUAAAGUGGAAAGUUGUACAGGUUAAUCAGCAACAUAAGUGUGGUUUCUGCCCACACUUCUUAUAGAUAUGACUCCAUUCAAAAGACCUAACAGGAUAAAGGAACAACAUACCAAAAACAGAUGUGUGUGGAAAUCCUCUAGAAUCUUGUGACUAGAAAAAGAAUUCUAAUGAGAAGCAAAGAGAAUUAAUGCUCCUAUUGGAAUAUAAGUAGGCAUGUGAUAACUAGUAAGAAUGACAGCACACCUAACGUCCAUUUUUUAAAGAAUAUGAGAAAAUGGAAGAAUGAUAUGAGUUGGAAAUAUGGUAAGAUGUAACAAUACAUGGUGAGAGCUGCUCAAUUCAUUUUCCUCUUUUUCCACAAAGAAAUACUCAAACUGAGAAGGAAAAGACAUUAAAUAGGGAUUGAUAUAGAGCAGAAGGAAAAAAUACUCUAAAGAGCUCUUACAUGUAAGAAAUGUAAUAGGUAUUUGCUGAGGGCUCUGUAUGUAUACAUUAUUUAUUUCUCAUUAUAGCCCAUGUUUUAGGCAGAUGAAGUGAAGGCUAAAGGUCAUGUCUAGAAGGUAGAACUCAUAACCCUACGUAAAAUCACUGUGCUAUCUUCCCAUGAAAAACUUCUAGUUGAAAAACUAGCAUUAAAAUAGGAAAAUAACAAAAGAGUAAGUGCCAAGGGUCAACACAUGUAUGUCAAUCUCAUAAAAUGUUCAUUGAAGUAAUUGAUAUGGCACUUCCAAAAUUGAUAAGAGAUUCAGGGAAAUUGAGAUUCUAUUGCUGGUGUCAUGUGAGUAGACAAUAUCUUAGCAAUCACUACCGGAAGCCUUAAGCAUUGCCUUUGGACUUUGAAAUUCUAUCUGAAAAUAUACUUCAGAAACCAUCAUGAAUGUACAAAAUCUUAAAAGCUGUUAAAAUUUGUUGAUUAAUAUUGAAAUAAAGCAAUCAUGAUAGAUUGUUAAAUA